AUGACCGACAACGACCAAGUGCUGAAGUUGCCCCAAGCCACAAGCUCUCCCCACUCUCCGCCCACUCCCCAGUUCAGUUUCAGUGUGCCGCGGCGCGUAGUCAUCAGGGCCGUGGAGGGGAAAGAGAUUCAGCAGAGCCGAGUGGACUGGAAGUGCUGGCAGGCAAGCAUUGAGGCUGAAAAUGAAGAAAUGAAGACGCUUAGAUGGAGUGUACAGAGAGAGUUGAGAGAGCAGCUGAAUCAACUAUUUAAGAACUAUGAUUCGCCUGAUUCGGGACUUAUGAUAUCUUGGACAAUCGCCAACAGCUCCGCAAUGGUUGUCUUGGAAGGCGGCGGUGGUGUUGUUACCAUCGGCAACAACCAGUACUUGCAACCGGAUUAUCUGGCUCCAUUGCCAACCACGAUGGAUGCCAAGAAAAGUCCGCUGGCUUUGCUGGCCCAGACCUGCUCACAGAUUGGCGCCGACUCGUCGGCAGUGAAGCCGCUGCUGGCCGUGGACAAGAGCAAGAAGUCGGGCACCUGCUCCUCGUCCUCCACCUCGUCCAGCUCGUCGAGCAGCGCCGACAUGGGCGCGGCCAAGUCGCCCAGCCAGGCCAAGUCGCCCAAGUCGAGCACGCCCAUCAGCAGCACCAUCGGCAGCACCACGCUGGGCGGCGAGGUGAAGCUGGCCUUCAAGCCGUACGAGACGAACGUGCUCAGCCAACAGAAUCAGAACAGCUUCAAGAGCAGCGCCAGCGAGGAGCUGCCGCGGCCCAGCUCCAAGAGCUCCACGGGCGCGCAGGAGCGCGUGCCGUCGCGCAACAAGUCAAAUGCCACGCCCACAGACGCAGCACAGUGCAAGCCGGAGCCCCUAGCCACCACGCCACAUGACGCCAGCCGCAAGACCGUCUCGCCCGCCGGCAGCUCGCAGCGCGGCGCCAGCCCCAUCGUGCGCUCCGGCAUGGAGGUGCUGAACAAUGCCAACGGCACCGCCCAGCAUCCCAAGGAGAUGAGCAGCAUGGCCGCUGCGGCAGCUGCCGCCGCAGCCGCGUACAAGGCGGCCGGACCGUACGGUCUGAAUCCGUUGUCGGCGCUCUGCUGCCCGCCCGGCAUGGAGCAGCAUGCGAAUCCCGCCUUCCGGCCGCCGUUCGCCGGCGGCUUCUCGCACCAUCAUGCGGCGAUGCUGGCCGCAGCAGCCAAUGGCGGCUAUCCCGGAGCCGGAGCCGGCCCGGCCGGACAGCCCAAUCCGUACAUCAGCUACCAGCGCAUCAAGACGCCCGCCGGCGGCGAGGCCAUCGUGCCCGUCUGCAAGGAUCCGUACUGCCCCGGCUGCCCCUACUCCGCACACACGCAACAGAUGCUGAUGGGCGCCCCCUGCCCGGCCGGCUGCACCCAGUGCGAGCACCAGAAGUACGGCAUGGCCAUGGCCAGCGCCGGACUCCCGCAGGCGCAUCCCUACUCUCAGGCGGCGGCUGCCGCAGCUGCCAAUGCGGCCGCCGCCCGCUCGGCGCCCUACGUCUGCAGCUGGGUGGUGGGCGACGCCUACUGCGGCAAGCGCUUCCAGACCUCCGACGAGCUCUUCACCCAUCUGCGCACCCACACGGGCAACCUCUCCGAUCCGGCCGCCGCUGCCGCCGCGCUCGCCCAGUCGCAGGCCCAAUCCCUGCUCGGCACACUCUUUCCGCCCUCGGCCCUGCGCGCUGGCUACCCAACGCCGCCGCUCAGCCCCAUGUCCGCCGCCGCAGCAGCGGCCCGCUAUCAUCCGUACGGCAAGCCGCCGGGCGCCAUGGGCGGUGCCCCCUCGCCCUUUGGCGCCGCCGGCGCCUUCAACCCGGCCGCCGCGGCUGCUGCAGCUGCUCUGGGUCCCUACUACUCUCCGUAUGCCAUAACGAGUUUCGAUGCUCAGAGACAGAAACAAUAACAGCAACAACAACAACAACAGCAACAGCAACAGCAGCAGCAGCUGCUGCUGCCACCGUUGUUGCUCACAUUACUCUUUUUGGCGUGGCAACGACAACAACAACAACAGCAGAAACAGCAACAGAGUCAGAGUCAGAUGUAUUGCUAUAUAGAAAACAUACAAUACUUUAGGUUGAGGCCAAAAUGACUAAUGACCAGCGAUUAUCAAGCGAUAAAAGGCAAGGGAACAACAACAACAGUCAGCAGCAGCAGCAGCAGCAGCAGCCACGGCAGCAACAACAAUGAUAAUUUAUUAUUGUUUUAAACAUUUGUGUUUUGCGCUCAAACGAGAUACAUUUGUCUCAUCUAGAAGCCGUCGCCUUUGUUCAUUAAGACAAUAAAGAAAAGGGUCCCCGAAAAACAAAACA